AGCGCCUUUCCCCGGCCGGCGGAACUGCGGGGGUCGCUGCUGCCCCCUGCCGGCGACCCGCGGAACUCCCGGCUCCUCUCCCGAGGACGCGCCGCUCGGAGCCUAGGAAAAAGCAAGCGCCGCAACGAAAGGCUGGAUUAUUUGGGAUCCGAACGCCGGGGGACAGAGGCUGGGCUGGUAAAGAGAGACUGUAGAGCCGACUCUUAGGCGCUCCUGUUACUCAGUCAGGCCCUCAACUGGGGACUUGCCACGCAUCCGUGCAUUCGCUGGACAGGUAUUCGGAGAGCACCUGCGAGCACUGUCCUAGGGGGGCUCUUGACACCACAGUGAGUGGAACCGAAAAUCCCUGCUCUCCUGCAGCUCUCUGUCUUGUGCGUUGACCUGGAAAGUGAUGAUAUCUUCCCAAGAGGACAAAACCGAGGCUCAGAGACCUUGUGAGCUGUCCCAAAGCCACCAGCUGGAAAGUGGAUUAACAGAUUAACGUGCCAUGUCCGCGGCUUCAGCGUGUUGUUCAUUCCUCUUUGGUGCCUGGAAGGAAUCGGGAGCGGAGGGCCCUGCGGCUGAAAACAGUCUGGGACUGAACGGGAGGCUGCUGAUAAUUCAGCCGGCUGCAUAGGUGCACCAACAGAUGGAAGUAAUAAAGAAGCAAAGGGAUAGGUAGAGUAGAAGGCCAGGUAUAGAGGGCACGAAAGUCAGAAAACCUGAAUCCACCUAUGAGCCGUGUGACUUGGCAAAUCACAACGCCUGAGCUCUGAUUUCUUCAUCUGUAAAGUGGAGAUAACACUGUUUGCUCUUGGAUCCUUUAUAGGAGACUCAAAAGGCCCUCGUCAUAAAAAUGUUUUGUUUCUGUUCCGAAAUUUGGCAAGAUUCCUUGGCUUAGCGAGGCCAGCCUCAUAAACAAGCCAUUAGUGCUCAGCCUCCCCAAAAGAUAUCCUCAGAAUUCUGGCACUUUCCUGAUUUCAUCCAAGAAGGAUAUGAAUUUGCCUAUUUUAUUUCAAGUUCCAGAUGUCUUAUCUAAGGCCAGGAGGAUCCAGAGUAACCCCAUGCUGAUCAGAAAUAAGCAGCUGUGCUCCACAUGUCAAGAAAUAAAAAUGGUACAACCAAAACCUGUGAUAAUCCCUCAUAAUCUGAAACUAUCCUUUGAGAAUCUUAUGAGUCAUAGAAUGAGUCUUCAUCCACCAAAAGCCCAAGCUGUACUCAAACAUUCCCAUAAUGACAUCUCAACAGCUGCCCUGCACUAUUCUUAUGUGCACUUGCUACUAAUAGACAAAAGGAUAGCAUCUUCAGCAAGAGCUUCAGCAUUGACCUGUGUCUCAUCUUUUAGAGACAUCAACACUGGGCUGGUGAAGAGAGCAUUCACUACAGACUGCCCAUUCUGGGCCCCAGGACAGCUGUCUUCAAUGAACUGCUGGCAGAUACCUAUGCAACUCUGCAGGAGACACAACUCUCUUCCUUGCCCAGAAAGGAGCCAAUGGGCAAGACAGUGAGGCAAUGAGUGGUUGGAGCUCAUCACCUUCCAGACUCACAAAGAGAAAACAAGUUAACCAAUCCAGUUUCUGGCAUGUUAGCCUAAUUUCCUCCUGUCACCACAAAGGUGACUCACUUUUACCUUCCUGAGAGUGCUAGAAUUCUAGCUCUUGCCACUGUCUUCUCACUCAAUUUUCCUAAAGACAAGUGGUUUAAUUUCCAUGAUUAUAAAGGUUUACUGAUUAAAAUGGAACAUUUUGAGUAUCA